AUGGCGACAUUACACCAGUACUGCCGUUGCAAUUCCUUGUUUCAGAUCGCCUCCUUUCAGUUUUGCUUGCUGCUCUUAUUCUUCCGGCCAACUGAGUCGCAAGGGCCGCCACCCGACGACAAGCCGACCGGGACUCCUUCAGGCUGCAGCAGCCCAAAUGAGCCUCAAGCGCUCACGCCGCCAGACGACAAGCCGUUGGGGAAUCCUUCAAGAAUUCGCCGCCCAAAUAUGGCGGCGAAACCAUCGCGGCCCUCAGGCUGCGACUUCCAACAUGCUUGCAAACCUAAGUCUCCAGUGUCUUCUCCACAAGCACCACCUGCAAAAGCGUAUUGGAGCCGAAAUUCUAAUCCACCCGUGGACAAUUAA